AUGGCCGCCGCGAAGCUCGGCCUCGUCGGCCUCGGCAACCUCGGCAUGGAGUUCGGCCUGCGCGCCGUCGCCGCGUCGCGGUCCGUCGUCGCCCACGACGCGUCGCCGCGCCUCGCCCUCGCCGGCGCGGCGCGCGCCGACUCCGUCGGCGCCGUCGUCGCCGCGGCGCCGACGGUCGUGAGCGUCGUGCCCGACGACGCGGCGGCGCGCGCCGUCGCCGACGAGCUCCUCGCGGCCGCCGCGGGCCGCGGAAGCGACGCGCCGCCGCUGCUCCACGUGAGCUGCUCGACGAUCUCGCCGGCGGCGUCCGCGUCGCUCGCGGCGGCGCACGCGGCCGCGGGCGUCGGCUACGUCGCCGCGCCCGUCUUCGCGCGGCCCGAGAACAUGCGCGCGGGCCAGGCGUCCUUCGCCGUCUCCGGCGGCGACGCGGCGCUCCGGGCGCGCGCCGUGACCGACGCGCUGGCGUGCGCGGCGCCGCGCGAGCGGUGCUUCGACUACGGCGACGCGCCGGGAGCGGCGAACGUCGCCAAGCUCUGCGGCAACUUCCUCAUCGCCGCGUCCAUCGAGGCGCUCGGCGAGAGCCUCGCGCUCGCGGAGGGCCACGGCGUCGACCGCGAGGCCGUGCUGGCGAUGCUCGCGUCGACGAUCUUCGACUGCGCCAUCUACAGGGGCUAUGGCGGCCGCGUCGCGGGCCGGGACCACGCGCCGGGCGGCUUCGCGCUCCACCACGGCCUCAAGGACGUCGGCCUCGUCCAGAAAGCCGCGCAGGACGCGCGCGUGCCCAUGCCCCUCGGGUCCCUCCUCGUGGACCAGUUCACGGCCGCGUCCAACGACGCGGCCCUCGCGGGCCUCGACUGGUCCGCCCUGGGCCUCCACGUCUCCAAGAACGCCGGCGUCGACGCGUCGUCGAAGUAG